AUGGAAGAAGAUGAGCAAGAGCAGCGCCGGAGAAAGGUGGAGGCCGGGAGAGCAAAGCUUGCUCACUUCCGACAGAGAAAAACAAAAGGUGACGGUACGUAUUCGAAGAAAAAGACGGCGAAGAGGAAGGGCUCGACUGUCGAUGCGGCUGUCUCGGAGGAGAGUCCGAUAGCUGCUGGGGACAGCGCUUUCCUCAGAGAAAGGGAUGUUUGGAAAAAUACUUCGUGCAUCGACACCUCUGAGAAGACAGAAAGGGUGCUUGCGGCUCAGGAAUAUGAGCAAGAGCAUAAACUGGAGGUUGCUGCCCUGGCUCAUCAACACGAAGAUGAGACUGCACGGCUGCAGGCAGAGCUCCAGCAGGUGGCUGCAGCCCAUGAAGCAGAGAUACAGCGGGUGCAGCUUCAGACCCAGACGGUACACGCCCUUGAGCUAGAAGCUCUGCGCUUGAGCCUGAGCAACAUGCACACAGCACAGCUGGAACUGAUGCAGGCCAACCUGCAGAAGGAGAAGGAGGCGGCGCUGACUGAGCUGCGUGAGAUGCUCAAUGGACGGCAUGCCCAGGAGCUGGCCCUGGUGCAGAACCGGCAGCAAAGCACGCUAGAGCUCAUCCGGGAGCAAUGUGAGCGAGAGAGGGAGGCGCUGGCACUCCAGUGUGGGCAGGAGGCAGCUGAACUGAAGGAGAAGCUAGAAUCAGAAAUGGAGAAAAACAUCCAGAUAAUUGAGACUCUGAAGCGAGAUUGGGAGUCAGAGAGAGACUUGUGCUUAGAAAAUCUACGCAAAGAAUUAUCUGAAAAGCACCAGUCAGAAUUGGAGAAUUUACAGAAUCAGUUUAAGAAGGAGCUGGCCAAGCAGAAAGCAGAGCUGGAGAAGAUUUUUCAAGCCAAAAAUCAGGCCGAAUGUGCCCUAAAGGACCUGGAGACUCAGCACCAAGCAGCCCUCCAGCAAUUGCGGGAGGAGUUACAGUCUCAGCAUUGCCAGUACUUAGAAGAACUGGAGCUGAAAUGCAGAGAAAAGGAAGAAGCAAAACAGCUUGAGUUAGAGCAUCUUCAAGCAUCAUACGAAGAGUUGAAGGCUCAGUCACAAGAGGAGAUCAAGCACCUGUGGUCCCAGCUUGAUUCUACGAGACCCGAUGGACAGGAAGGGAGGGAGUUACAUGAGCAGCUCCUGGUUCCAGCAUGUCACAUGGAAGAAUUAGAGCAGUUGAAGCGAGACUUUGAACAACAGCAGCAACGAGAUAAAACUGAACAUGAGACUGACCUGGAACAGUUGAGGAUUUAUUUUGAAAAGAAAUUAAGGGAUGCUGAAAAAAACUACCAAGAAGAUCUAAAUGUGUUACAGCAACGGCUACAGGAGGUGAAAGAAGAUUCUUUUCUGGAUUAUGCAGAAAUCAGUUCAUCCAGUAUAUUUAUAGAAGAGACAGCUGAAAAGGAAAGGAAAGAACACCUUGACCAACUUAAACUUCAGCUUGAGCAACACGAGGAGAGCCUGAUACAUCUGCAAGCACAGCUGGAAGAAAAGCACAGGCGUGAGUUAGAAGUGCUGAAGUCCUCUCUUGAAAUUCAACAUGAGGAGGAAGUGAUGAAACAAUGCUGGGGGUCUCAGUGGUGUCCAUCCCGCAAUGACUGUUCUCCCCACCUCUCUGCAGAGCUCACACGGAUGCGUCUCCAGUGUACGCAGGAAAUGGCCUCAGAGGUGGAAACAGAGGUGGCGGCGAGGGUCUUGGCCUUGGAAAAUGAGUAUAAGGUUAAGCUUUCACUUCUUCAAACUGAGCUAAAGGAAGAAAUGGAACUCUUAAAAAUAGAAAAUAGAAAUUUAAAUGAGAAGUUGCAGCAUGAAAUCCAUUUGAGAGAGGAUGUGGUGAAAGCAAAAAAUAAUUUAAUUGAAGAUCACCAGGAAGAAGUAAGGAAAACUAAGGAGAAUAUUCAAUUGAUGAAACAGGAAUUCAAAGAAAAAGAAGAAGAGUGGAAAGUUACACAAGAAGACCUAAAGAGAAAAGCUGAAGAGAAAUUAACACUUAUGCUCCUUGAAUUGAGAGAAAAAGCUGAGUCUGAGAAGCAGGCAAUAAUAGAUAAGUUUGAGCUUCGAGAGGCUGAAAUGAGGCAGCGUCAGGGUGAGCAGACGUCCCAGAUCUUGGAGCUGGCGAGGUCUCUGGCAGAGCAGCAGGACCGCCUACAGCAGCUGGAGCUUGGGGCAGCUGGGGAUGAACCUCUGCGGUGCAGCCAGUGUGGUCCUGUGGCUGAGGCCUGUGAGCUCACCAUGCUGCGCCUGAAGGAGGACUGUACCCUCCAGCUGAUGCUGGCCCAGAAUAGGUUUCUGGAAGAACGUAAAGAGAUAAUGGAGAAGUUUGCUACAGAGCAUGAUGCUGCCCUGCAGGCACUCCGGGAGAAGCAUGCUGGUGAGCUCCAGCUUCUCCAAGAUAGUCACCGGCAGCACAUUGUGUCCCUGACAGCUGAGCUGCAGACUGAGCAUCAGGCUGAGAUGGGUGCAUUGAAGGCUACACUGGAGAGUGAGCAACAGGCACUUGUGCAGACCCGCGUGGCUGAACUGCAGACCAGACAUGCCACAGAACUCAGCACCCUAGAGAGGAAACAUCUUUUGAACCUGGACUCCGUGAAAUCCUGCUACCUGUCUGAGAUCCAGACCCUACGAGAUGAGCACAGGCAAGCUCUAAAACAGCUGCGAGUGGACCUUGAGGAGCAGCUGCAGAAAAAGGAUUCCUUUCACCAAAUGGUUCUGACCCAGGAACUAGAGAAACUUAAACUGAAGCAUGAUGAAGAGCUUCAGGGCACAAAGGACAAUCUAAGGAUUGAAAUGAGCACUAAGAAUGUUGAGAACCUCAAAGCCAUGGCUGCUGAGCUUCAGCGUGCACAUCAGAGUGAAUUUGAAAGUGAAAAGAAAGCUGCUUUGCAUGUAAAGAAGGAAGUACAUAAACAUGGGAGUGAGCCAGCACAGUCUCCUUCUCAAAAGGAGGUAGUAUCCCUGCCUCUGCAGCUUCAGGAGAAGGAGCACCACAUUCAGCAGCUGAAAGACCAAAUUGCAUCCUUAAGUAACAAGAUCGAAGAAUGUCAUUCUGAACUUGAGAAGCUACAGCAAAGGCGUGAACGAGAAAACCAGGAAGGCACGAAUCUUAUAUCUAUGCUGAAGUCUGAUAUAGAUUUAGCGUACAAUGAAAGGAACGCACUCCAGGAUGCCCUCAGAAGGCUGCUGAGCUUGUUUGGAGAGACACUGAGGGCAGCAAUUGCCAUAAGAGGUCAGAUCAGUGAGCGUGUGGGGCUCUGUCUGGACAGUGGUUUUGGGUUUUGUCAUUCUGCAGCCCCCACCCUGGAUGAAGCCCUACCUGGGCUUGGCAUAGCCAUGUUAGAGCCCGACGGGAUGCCGCCUGAAUCUGCGGAGGCAUCUGUGGCAGCUGAAAUCAGCAGUCAUGUGUGCGAGAGCUUCUUUAUGAACCCAGAGACCACACUGGAAUAUGAGCAGCCAGUCAGGAAGGUCUACCAGAGCCUCAGGGUGGCUGUGGACAAUCUCCUGGAGAUGGCUCUGGACUCCAGCAGACAGCUGGAGGAAGCACACCAAAUUCAUUCUCGCUUUGAGAAAGAAUUUAAUCAUAAAAAUGAGGAGACUGCACAGGUCAUUAGAAAGCAGAAGGAGCUACUAGACUGCCUCAGCGAGGAGAGUGCGGCAACAGCCACACUCACCCGGGAGCUUCACCAAGCCCAGGGCCUCAUUGAGGGGUUCAAAGAAGAGAGGGCUGAACUGCAGGUGGCGCUGGACAAGAAGGAGCAGUCGGAGCAGCGUCUGGUCUUAGAACUGGAGCAACUGAGCUGGCAGCUCCAGGAGGCAGCCCACGAGCAGAUGCGGCUGAAGGAGGAGUGUACCGCCCUGCUGAACCAGAAGGAGGCACUAGCUGCCAGCGCACAGGAGAGAGAAGCUGGUCUCCGAAAGGAGAUGGAAUGUUUAACAAAGGAACAACUGGAGACUAGGAAGCAGUCUGAGAAGGACCGUGCUGCUCUGCUCUCCCAACUGCGAAUGCUGGAAUCUGAGUUAGAGGAGCAGGUGUCACAGCACCAGGCAUGUGCCCAGUAUGCAGAGGAGGUCAUUGCCCUGAAGCAGCAGAUGGCUUCUCUGGACAAGCACCUGCGUAGCCAGCGACAGUUCAUGGAUGAGCAGGCUGCAGAGCGGGAGCAUGAACGUGAUGAGUUCCAGCAGGAGAUCCAGAGAUUAGAGGGGCAGCUGCGGCAGGCAGCCCGGCCCCAGGCCCUGGAUGCCUGGGACAGCCAUCAUUUUUUGUUGUUGUUUUAGGUUGAACUGUUACAAGAAAAGUUAAGGGAAAAAUCAGAUGGGUUUAAUGAGUUGGCGGUGAAGAAGGAGAUGGCCGACAGACGUCUAGCAGUACAGCAAGAGGAGAUCCAGCGCCUCCAGGUGGCAGUCAUCGAGGCUGGCAGGAGGGUGGCCCAGCUCCAGGAAGAACUGGAGACACAGAGGAGAAUUGGAGAAGAGUUACAGCAGGAUAAAGAGGCAUUAGAGAAACAGCAGGUGAAUCACUUGAUUCUGGUGUCUGCACUGCAGACUGAAUUAGAGGAAGCCAAAUGCCGUGUGCUUUCUGCAGACAGCCCUGCCCGAGGUGCAGAUGCACAACCAGAGGUGGCGCCAGAGGUGCUCCUGCAGCAAGAGAAAGAGGUUUUGGAUUUAAAAGAACAGCUAAAAGAAGUUAGUAAUUUAGCAAAUAAAAACUAAGAAAUGCUAUAUCUGACCUUAAAAGUAGACAUGCAGGCCCACCACACUGCUGUCAGCCUCAAAGAACUUCAGGAAGAGAACACCCACUUGAAGGCUAUGUGUAACAAAAGUCCUGAAGUAGAAGAGCUGAAAUCCAUUAUUGAAAACCUGCAGGAGAACCAAGCUCGGCUCCAGAAGGAGAAGGCAGAGGAAAUUGAGCAACUCCAUGAGAUCAUUGAAAAACUGCAAAAGGAGCUCUCUCCUGGGGGACCCGUGACCCCUGAAUUCAGUGACAGUCCAUCCAAAAGCCUUCAAACUGAACUAGAGCAAGGGUUGCUGGGUGUCCAUGAGGUGGUGGCUGAGAACCUGACAGAGCCGAGCCCCCACACGCAGGCUCUGCAUGCAGAGCUGGAAGCAGCACUGAUGGGCAAGGCAGCACUGAGCCAGCUGUUGGAAGAACGGGAGCAUGAGCACCGCCAGGCCCUUGAGGCCCUGGGGCAGAGCUUGCGGGCUGCUGAGGAUGCUGCUGCCUGCCAGCUGGCUGGGCUGAAGCACAGUAUGGCCCUCAAGGAGUCUGCACUGGAGGCACUGACCUCCCGCCUGACCGAAUUUGAGGACACCCUAAGGAAAAAGGAAGCAGUGAUUUCAGAGAAAGAUCUAGAAAUCAAUGCAUUGAGCAAGCAGAAAACAGCUCGCCUUAUUGAACUGGAAGCUUUGCUGGCGGCUGUGUCUAAGUUCAGGUGUACCUUGGAGCAACAGCCUUGGGCUGAGACAGCUGAGCCCCCAGAGCUGCAGGUGCUGCGGGCACAGUGUGUGCGUCUUGGCCACCAGCUGCAGAUGCUGAGCCAGCGGUUCCUACGGUGCCAGCGGGACCUGGGCCAGCACCAAGGCCACAGAGAGAGUGGCACCGGGUAUGGGGCCCCCAGGGGCACAGUGGCCUUUGAGAGUGUGCAUGGCAAUGAUUCAGACCAGAAUAUAGGCAGCAGGCCGUCACAUACAGUGCCCCACUGCCGGAACCCUCAGAGCCCUACAAAGGACCAUCGGCAGCCAGCUGCAGGUUGUGAGGCUCCGGGAGGUACAGGUCUGUUGGAGCAGGAGAAUGUGAUGUCAGUGCUGUCCACCUGCCAGAAACAGCUAGCAUCUGAGCUCCUCCUGGUGAGAGAUGAGGUGAACUUGAGCAGAGAAGAUGGUCGUGGUCGGCUGCGAUGGGACAAGGGUAAGGAAAAGCCCUUAGAAGAUUGUCAGCCACAGAAAGUAGACCUGUUAACGCAGGUGAAACAACUUCAGGAGCGAUUGGCUCGUGUGGUCCAUUCUAUGACUGCCCAGGAGACUGGCCUGGAAAAUUCCAUGAGCCCACAGCCAUCAGCACACUCAAGCAACUCUGAGGGUAUGGAGCUCUUGAGGAGCCCAGUGCAGGUGAUGGACUUGUCCUGGGGCUCCCCUGAAGUUGUCAGAAAGGACUCAAGCCUGGAGCCCCCACCCAGCCUGCCCCUGUCACCCUGCUCAGACACCACAGGCCUGUGCAGCCCAGGCUCCUCACCUCUUCAGGCGGAUGACUCUGGCCUCCUUUGUUACCCGGUGCCCACAGCCAAGCGGAGGGCCCUGCCCGGGGCGGGGUGUCCCCUUGCUAUGGAUAUGCCUUUCUCCACUGACCACCACCAUGUAGAGAGGAUGGCUGUGGAGAAAGAUGUUGAAGAUUUUAUCGUGAUGUCUUUUGGUUCUCAAGAAAAUUUAACAUCAUCUUCCAUUGGGCCAGAAGGAAAAAGUGAUGGAAGUGACAAAAGUGAUGGCUCAGGUAUUAUUGGAGAGAUUCUAAAUGAAGGUUCAGAAAGAAUUGAAGCUUCCCCUAUUAGCCCUACAGCUCCUCCUCAGAAGUCUGGAAGGCAUCGGCCGCCACCAGUAGCAAUGAAGGAAAGGGAGGUCCGUGCAAAGCAAGUGCAGGCACUGUUGAAGAUGGUGUGUGAUGAAAGCCACCACAUCCUGGCCCUUUCUGAGUACCAGGGACCCCCCAGCACGCUGGGUAAGGGUGAGCCAUGCAAUGCCUCGGAUGAGGUAAGGAUGGUGCUUUUUUGUCCCCCAUUUCAGGAACCUUCUAAUGUGUGUGCAGACUGGAGAGGAGUGUUCCUGCAGGCUGUACAGGAUGCAUUUCAGAAGGAGCAGCAUGCAUUAGGCCUUGAGCUGCAGUCCAAGCUGGGUAGCUGUGAGCUGGAGGAUGGUGGCUUCCUGCUUGAACGGCUGGAGAAGGUUGUUCGGGAACAGGGUGCCCUGCAGGAGCCAUCCGAAGAUCCACUCUGCCAGUCUGACAGGAGCAGCCUGCUGUCUGAGAUCCAGGCCCUACGUGCCCAGCUGCGCAUGACCCACCUACAGAACCAGGAGAAGCUCCAGCAGCUCUGUGCAGCACUCACCAAUGCAGAGGCCCGUGGGAGCCGCCAGGAGCACCAGCUGCGCAGACAGGUUGAAUUACUGGCAUAUAAGGUUGAGCAGGAGAAAUGCAUAGCCAGUGGCUUACAGAAAACACUAAGCGAGGAGCAGGAGAAAGUGACUAGUGUUCGAAAGCUGCUUGUGUUGGAGCAAAAUUCUGUCAAGGAUCUGAAAUCUGAGCUCUCUGAGUGUAAACAGGAAAAUGAAAGGCUGCUCAAGUCCUUGAAUGACGUGCAGAAGGAGGUCCUCCAGCUGAGGUCUGUGCUAGACAGUAAGGAGAAGGACCUAGAAGCUGUGCUUGAGGAGCUGGAGACAGAGCGUGAGAAGGAGCACGCCCUACAGAGCCAGCUGGAGGAGGCACAGCUACGGCACCUGCAGAAGGAAGGCCAAAGUUCCCAAACCUUGGAGGAGUUGCGAACAUCUUUGGAGAAGCAGUAUGCUCAGAAUAACAGACUGUGUGUGGCAUUGAAACAUGAGCAGACAACGAAGGACAACCUCCAGAAAGAGCUGCAGAUUGAGUACUCACGCUGCGAGGCACUGCUGGAGCAGGAGCGCAGUAAGCUUGCUGAGCUGCAGAAAAGCAUGGAGGUGGAGCAGGGCCACUCACGGGAGCUCUCGGAGGCCCUGGCCCACGAGCGACUGCUGACAGAGCAGCUGAGCCGUAGAGUACAGGAGGCCUCACUGCCCCAAGCCCUGCUGCAGAAACUUGGGACAGAGCAGGCCCGUGUGGCAGAGCUACAGGCACUGCUUGAGCGCGUGCAGCAGCAGGCUGUGCGCACCCAGCAGCGGCUAGAAGCUGAAGUGCAGACACGCAAUGAGGAGCUCAAGCGAGAGAGAGAGGUAAGUUCCAGCCUGGAAGUGACCAUGGAGGCCCUGCAGACCCAGAAACAGGAGCUGAGAUGCUCUCUGGAGAAGGAGAGGGAGAAGCCAGCACAGUUACAGACAGAAUUAGAGCAGUUACAGGCGAGAUUGAGAGAGCAAGAGUCACGCAAAGAACGGAGGAGGAGAGUGGAUCCGAGGCAGAGCCGUGCAGAUGUGGAGAAGUGGAAGAAGUGGCAGAGAGACAAGGAGAGACUGCGGGAACUAGAACUGCAGCGACAGCGUGAUGAGCAUAAAAUCGAGCAGCUUCAGCAGAUGGUGAGGGACCUGCAUUCGAGGGGAGACUUGGGUUCUGGCAGUGGCCUUUGUGUGAAUUCACCACACAGUACUAGCCACACAGAGCUAUGCUUCUCAUCGGAGCUCAAGCACAUCCAAGAGCAGCAGGAGGAGCUAGAGAAGAUACGGCAACAGCUCCUCUGUGCCGCUGGGCUCCUGACCAGCUUCAUCCAGCAGACUGUGAAUAGAACAAUUAAUGAUUGGACAUCAUCAAAUGAGAAAGCAGUGGCCUCAUUGCUGCGGACACUAGAGGAACUGAAAUCUGACCUGAGCGCAUCCACCUCCUCUCAGAAAAAAACAGCUGUACAGCUACAAAUCCAGCUUGUGGAUGUCUUGCUGAAAGACAAUGAUUCCCUUACAAAAGUGCUCAGCACUGUGACCCAAGAGAAAGCAGAGCUGUGCAAGGCUGUGUCCAAGCUUGAAAAGACUCUGAAGCACCAUCUGCAGAAGGGCUGUACCCUGAGUAGGCCAGGACGGUCUGCAUGGAAGCAUGAGAAGACAGCUGUGCAUGGCUCACUGACUCACACAGACCCAGGACCAUGUGUGCCAGCUGCGAAUAAGGAAGCCACCGCCUGUAGUGUUAAGAUGGAAAAAUUGUACCUGCGUUAUUUGAGAGCAGAGAGCUUUCGAAAAGCCUUGAUUUAUCAGAAGAAGUAUCUCCUGCUGCUGAUUGGUGGAUUCCAAGAUUCUGAGCAAGAAACCCUCUCAAUGAUUGCUCAUUUAGGAGUAUUUCCUUCCAAAGCAGAUAAGAAAGCCACUGCGUCUCGACCUUUUACCAAGUUCCGAACUGCUGUCAGGGUGGUUAUUGCAAUCUUAAGAUUACGUUUUUUGGUUAAGAAAUGGCAAGAAGUGGAUCGUAAAGGAACUCUACCUCAAUGCAAAGCCCUCCACCCAGCUGCCCACAUGGCUGCAGGAUCCACUUUAUCUCCAAAUUCAAGAUCAGAAAGGACCCUGGAUGCUUCUCAGGAUCCAGAACACUCCUUAACAGAAUAUAUUCACCAUUUAGAAAUGAUCCAGCAAAGACUAGGGGGAAUACCACCAGAUUCUACUUCAAAAAAAUCUUGCCACCAGAAGAUUAAAUAA